CUCUAAUCAUAUAUCCCUAUCAUCCACUGUAUACCUUCUCGACUGUAGCAUUCGACAAUCUAGAGAAAAUCCUACCGAAAAUGCGCUCCACCAUCGUCCGACUGGCCGCCGAGGCCACCCACUCUCGAACUCCCAUGAUCCAUUUCCUCGGGAAACGUGCAAACCUGGAAUACAAACCUCACGCCCCGAGCCCUCACCCCGCCGCUCCUCAAGACAUCGUCGACAACUUCCAAUCCUUCCUUUCCAAAUUCCAAAGCACAUCCACCUCUGCCGACAGCCCCUCCAGUAACCCUAAAGGACAAUCUCUAGAUUCUUCCGCCAAGGGGCAAGUCCGGGAUCAUCCCUCGAAAGACACUUCCCCUUCCGCAUCUUCUUCGAGUUCGAGCACGACGCAGGUGGAGAACAAGGGUUCGGGGAAACCGUCCGAUUUCGAUACCUACUUUAUGGCCCCGACGAAGUUGUGGAGGCCAAAGAUGUUCUCCCCGGAAGAGUUGGAGGCGGUUCAGUCUGGAGGAGCUACCGCCUGGUAGAACCCACAUCCACACAUCCUACCGGCCAAUGCCGACCGCUUCUACCUCGCUAUUCCCUCCUCCUUCACUCCUCUCUUCUUGCAUAUCAACUUCCCCAACCACCUCUUCAUCGACACUUCUGUAACCUUGCCGCAUAUCCCCCUCUUUCGCGGGCAGGGGUAAGACCAACAACUUCAAAUUCAGAUCAAAUUUAGAUGUAUGGGUAUACGAUACGAUAUGACACGUAACCCAGAUGCGAAUGUCAAGAAUAUCCAAUCAGAUUGAAACUCGGA